UGUGUCGUGUCUAGCUAUGUCUCUGGGUCUGUCUGUCUGUCUGUCUGUGUCGUGGCUAGCUAUGUCUCUGGGUCUGUCUGUGUAUGUCGUGGCUAGCUAUGUCUCUGGGUCUGUCUGUGUAUGUCAUGGCUAGCUAUGUCUCUGGGUCUGUCUGUGUAGGUCGUGGCUAGCUAUGUCUCUGGGUCUGUCUGUCUGUGUCGUGGCUAGCUAUGUCUCUGGGUCUGUCUGUCUGUGUAUGUCGUGGCUAGCUAUGUCUCUGGGUCUGUCUGUGUAUGUCGUGGCUAGCUAUGUCUCUGGGUCUGUCUAUCUGUGUGUGUGUCAUGGCUAGCUAUGUCUCUGGGUCUGUCUGUCUGUGUCGUGGCUAGCUAUGUCUCUGGGUCUGUCUGUCUGUGUCAUGGCUAGCUAUGUCUCUGGCUAUGUCUCUGGGUCUGUCUGUCUGUGUCGUGGCUAGCUAUGUCUCUGGGUCUGUCUGUCUGUGUAUGUCGUGGCUAGCUAUGUCUCUGGGUCUGUCUGUCUGUGUAUGUCGUGGCUAGCUAUGUCUCUGGGUCUGUCUGUCUGUGUGUCGUGGCUAGCUAUGUCUCUGGGUCUGUCUGUGUGUGUGUCGUGGCUAGCUAUGUCUCUGGGUCUGUCUGUGUGUGUGUCGGGGCUAGCUAUGUCUCUGGGUCUGUCUGUCUGUCUGUGUGUCGUGGCUAGCUACGUCUCUGGGUCUGUCUGUCUGGGUGUCGUGGCUAGCUAUGUCUCUGGGUCUGUCUGUCUGUCUGUGUCAUGGCUAGCUACGUCUCUGGGUCUGUCUGUCUGUGUGUCGUGGCUAGCUAUGUCUCUGGGUCUGUCUGUCUGUCUGUGUCGUGGCUAGCUAUGUCUCUGGGUCUGUCUGUGUGUGUGUUGUGGCUAGCUAUGUCUCUGGGUCUGUCUGUGUCUGUCUGUGUGUGUGUCGUGGCUAGCUAUGUCUCUGGGUCUGUCUGUGUGUGUGUGUCGUGGCUAGCUAUGUCUCUGGGUCUGUCUGUGUAUGUCGUGGCUAGCUAUCUAUGUCUCUGGGUCUGUCUGUCUGUGUAUGUCGUGGCUAGCUAUGUCUCUGGGUCUGUCUGUCUGUGUGUCGUGGCUAGCUAUCUAUGUCUCUGGGUCUGUCUGUCUGUGUAUGUCGUGGCUAGCUAUGUCUCUGGGUCUGUCUGUCUGUGUGUCGUGGCUAGCUAUGUCUCUGGCUAUGUCUCUGGGUCUGUCUGUGUAUGUCGUGGCUAGCUAUGUCUCUGGGUCUGUCUGUGUGUGUGUCGUGGCUAGCUAUGUCUCUGGGUCUGUCUGUCUGUAUGUCGUGGCUAGCUAUGUCUCUGGGUCUGUCUGUCUUUGUAUGUCGUGGCUAGCUAUGUCUCUGGGUCUGUCUAUGUGUCUCUCUCGGCAUCUGUCAGGUUUUGUCUCCACAGACUCAGUGAUUUCAAUAAGCAUUUUCUUGCAUUAUAUUACAGAACCCUGCUGCCCCUCCUCCUCCACGCUCUCCAAGCUCCCAGACAAGCCAGCGGGUGAGCUUGUCCCAACGUGCUUUAUCUUGGGCCCCAGGGAAUGCUGCCCUGGGCUGAUAAGAAGCUCCAUGUUACCCAGAAGGCCAGUCUGUGCCUCUCAGGAGAUGCAGCAUGGGAGAGGGAUGGGUGGAGGGUGGGGCAGCGUUAUGCCACCAUUGCUCCUUCAGGACACUUGGUCUGGUUGGGGUACCCUAUGUUGCCAUGGAACAGCCUCCCAUGGGCUGCUCCACUGCCGCAGACUAGCAGGGGCCCCGUGCAUGCCUGCUCCCUCUGUUAACACACCUCCUCCUGUCCCUGGUGGCCUUACGCUGGGGACUGCCUGGAGGAGGUGGUGCAGGGCUAUUGUGCCAGCCCCGCGCCUGGGGAACCCGCUCGUACCAGGCAGGGGAUCUUCCUUGGAAACCCCUUAAAUCAGCUUUGCAGCAACUUCCUAGCAGCUGAGGCUCUGCAGACUGCCCGCAGCAGCCACAGGACAGGGUC